AUGCGUUCUGCUCGACACGCUAAGGCUUCGGCGGCAGCAAGUGCUGCAGCCGCCGGUGCAUUUACGUACAACCGAGCCAACUACCUCUUCGACUCUGGCCUUCGAUUCUCCAGGUACACGUCAGGGUACAAUUUCGCCAUGGCGCAGGCAGCGCAGUACCGACAAGACAUUCGAGACCUCACUGGCUUGACCGUGACCAAGAUGGAUACAUACCACGUAAUCGGGGUGAUCUUUUUCGUCUUGAAUUUCCAGCUGAUCAUGGCUGGACGUCUCGGCGUCCAUGGGCCGUCACCUCCUGGGUACAUCAUGGGGAUCUACUGGGUCUGCUCCACAAGCGCUCUGAUGUUCCUUUGCGUCCUCAUUUGGUUUACUCUGCACGCCUCCGCUCGUGCCACUGCUGGUAUGGCCCACAUGCUUACACGCAGUGUACGUCUGCCCAUCCCGACCCCCAAGCAGCUGGACAAGGCACGACGCACAGGAAAUAUGUUUGAGAAGCAGCGCGUGACAGACGUUCUCCGCGUUCCCUUUGUGGUGCCUGCGCCCAAGGCCAAGAAGAGCACCGCGGCUCCGCAAUCCAAGACCGGCACCCAGCGCAGGAUGCCGAAGUGGUAUCAAGACGAGGCCAAGGAGCUCCACACCUCCAAAGGCGCAGCACCUGCAGCGACACGGGGUGCGAACCCCGAGCACUUCGAGUUGUACCGCGGCCUGCAGCAGGAGUGGGCAGUGCAUGACUGCUACGCCCGCAUUGGCAUCCUGUACUUCUUCACACACUGGAUUACUGCCGCCUCGAUCUACACUCAGUGCCACUGCUUUGGCGAGCUCCGUGCGUUGUGGCCCGCCUGGAGUGGGAGCUUGGUCUUCUGUGUGGCGCAUUGGUGUAUGCUCAAGCUGGACAUCCAGGAGGAGUCGGACAGCAAGUUCCUGGCGCAGCUUCCCAUAGAGAAUGUCGUGCCCUUCACGCCCAUGAUUCUGGUGGCUGCCAUGAGCCUCGACUAUUCGGUGCUGGUGCCCAACGAUGGCUGGAUCGCUCUCAUCUACGUCCUGGCUUGGGUGGCCUACAUCAUCCAUUUCGUCUGGGCUCUGAGGUUGUUCGAGCUGGCAAUGCCGCAUCCGCAGGCAGAUCCACCUGAGGUUGCCGGCAAGCCAUGGACGCCGGGUGAGUGGUUUGCCAGCACAGUCUACAUCGUGGCUCCGCCAAAGCAGCUCGAACCUGGAAAUGUUUGCCUUCAACAGGCAGACCGCGGCACGGAGGAGAUGAAGGCAGCCAAGGGUGGCAAGGGUGCCGCUGUGCCCCAAAAGAAGGCCCGCGAGGCCGGUCCCAUGCUCUACCCGUGGAAGCUCUUCCGUGGGGCCAUCCUCACCAACAUCAGCCUGUGGAUCUUCAUCAUGUUCGGCCGCGUCUUCGACCAGGUGCAUGGCGAACGGCAGCUGCUGAAGCAAGAGGGGCGCGUGAUGUUGGGCACCCAGUUCCAAAACUGCGAUGACUAG